AGCGCGAGAGGGACAUGGCAUCGCUGCGGGUGGUGGCGCUCCUGUUCUGCCUGGCCGUCUGUCUCCAGCGGGGUCUGGCCAUCAGAUGCCACGAAUGCGGCCGCUUCUCGAAGGAGAAGGGCAUCAUCGAGGCCUGCAACAAGACGCAGACGUCGGCUGCCGACCGCAAGGAGUGCCACCACACCAGCAUCAUGUGCCUGAAACAUGUCAAUGGCAAGAAAAUGGUGAAAAUGUGCACCGACUUUUGCAUACCCUACAGAGAUGAGGAGAACGGCGGCGAGACGUACUGCUGCACGAUGCCCGACUUUUGCAACAGUGCGACCGUCCGUCUCCCGACUGUGGCGUUCUUGAUCUCCGUCUUUCUGGUCACACUCAGCUCCAGCUCCACAGCUGCGGCCUGAAGUCAGACAGGAGACGGCGCCUUUCAUGAUAGCCGUCCUCCUGGCAACACGAGGAGCACCACAGUAAGCCCUUGAGCAGUUCUUAAACGGCUGAAUACCUCCCGAAAACCAGCCCGACAGCAUGCUUCUGCUGAUCUCCAUCAUGGCCUAAACAGUGAACAGUCAGCCAAGCGCUGCCUGUGGUCCAGGGAUUGCGUAUUUUUACUUCCGCCCAUCUCCAGACCGUAGAAGCCUGAACAACCACGCUUAGACGGCCAGCUCUUGACAACGGUGAAGGAAAAGAACUAGUCCGUGUUGGUGGGAACCACGUCAGCACUGUUUUCAAAUACAGCCCCCUGUCUGAAAACGACAACAAAAAUAUGUGCUUCGUCAGAACAUUUUGACUUCUGUUUAUCUCGCCUCUCAGCCAGAUGACGCUGAAAUAAGUUUUCUCCGAGAAUACACGUUGCACGGGCGGAGUUUCUGAAGGGAGGGCCCAGAGCUCCGUAAGUAGGCAUGACGCCGAUUUUGAACUUUCUGUCGGGAGCCAUCUGUAGUGAAAUACAAAAAAUCCGGUCUUAAAGGGGGGGGGGAGGGGGGGGAGGGCAAGGUGGUGAGUUUGUUUGGCUGUAUGCGUGGGCUCUCUUCGAAUACGCCGGAAGCUUUUCGUCACAUUAUUCGUGCGAUGCAAAGAUAAAAAGUACCGAAAGCGCACAUAGAAGCGUGACUAGUACGCUGUUAGUUGAUGUCCUCGCGAAAGGUGUGCAAUGUAAAACACGGGCAAACAUAUUUUGAAUAACUCUGUGCGUUGUAACCGACCUGACGUAGCUGUAGCUAUAGCUGACGUUUGACCGCUGACUUCUGAGUGGAACACUACUUGCAUCGAUUUACGCUUGAUAUUAAGCUUCAUAAUUCAUAAUUUUUCAGAAUGUUUGCGUAGCAUUAAUUCAUCAUGGUGUUAAGUUUUUUUAUAAUUUGUGUUUUGCAUUAAUGUAUUAUGUUGUUAAAUGAUAGACUUAAUUAUUUAAUGUCAAUGUCUUAACUAACAUUCAUCUAAGGCGUUGAUCUCUCGUUGACGGUUGACUGGUUAUAUAACCCGUCACUCAUGUUUAUUGUCGUGGUGGUUGCCCGUAGCGCGGCUUAGAACGGCUUUUGUAAUCGCACAUCACGUUGCUUUUUUAUAAGUGAUUUCCUCACUGUGCCGUAAUUGUGUUAAACGUUGGUACAAAGGUGUGACCCCACUGCAGCAAAAUAGCUCUAGGCAGGAACUCGAUAGUCUCUCAGUACUUGCCUACCCCGUACUUGCAGUUUGUGUUUCGUGAAAUGUUCCUGUGGAUGCAUAAUACGUGAUCACGAAUACAGAUCCUGGGUAAUGACAUUCUGCACUUGAUCCAACAAAGCCGAUGAGCUCAUACAGUCGAUGUGCCGAUCCUGUCAUUACGAGAUAAAGAAGCGCGGCGUAAAAAUGUCACGAAUGUUGACGUGUCCAUGUGCUGAUGACAGCA